AUGAAGCUGGAGAGAGUUCUGUUUCCAGAAGAUGUUCUGUCUUCGAGGAUGAGGGGGAAGAAGGCAUCCAACUGCCUCGGUGACAUUUCCAACCGUGGUGGUGGUGGCAAAACAAAAGCGACGAGGGGAAAGCGACAACAGCAAAAGCAUCGGGUUGGAAAAAAAGCAGAAUUCGUUUCAGUCUUGAUGAAUCUCGAUGGAAACAAACCAGCAAAGCGGGAAAAAAAGAAUAGCCGGUCGUCUAAACAACAUUCAGUUCCAAAAGAACAAGCGGAUUCACUGUCUCACAAAAUUGGAGCAACGCAAUCAUCUCGUCCACUCAAUGACUCCAAUCCAAGCAUUCAAAUCAUCGAUGAGUCACUAAUGCAAUCUCUUGGUGCUACUGAAUCAUUACUGCUCUUGGGUAGUCUCAAUGGAAAUGCUAGGUCCAAGAAUGCACAAUCCAAGUCUGGAAGAAAAAGUGAACCGAGACGAAAUAAGCGUGGACGAGUAUCCAAACGAGCGAGGGAAUUUGUGACCAAACUGAUACAAGGCACUGGUAGUGACGGUAUUGUUCGAGAUAAAAGAUCUAGUGGGGUGCAGUCAAAGAUGAGUGAGACUUCAGAAAAGGCAAAUGCUCGGAAUAUUUUGAUGGAGAGUCGUAGCUCUGGAAAGCCGUCACAACAACAGCAAAAGACUAGACGACCAAAGAGGCAUCGUGAUAGUAUCGACGACACUUCAAAAUUGCAAGAUACCCAGGAAUUGCAAGUUACAGAGCUGGUGAAACCAGCAAGCAAGAAAAUACGGAACAAUAUUUCUGUUGGCAUAUCCAAACUGGUACGAGGCAAAAGGGCAAAGUUCACCGAAAGUAAUGAACGAAGCAAUAGACGGAAAGACAAACUUGAAGUCUCUUGUGGUGGACUAGGUGCUUUAUGUGGGCUCAAUAACAACGGACGUUCAUUCCCUGUACCGAACCCAGUCUUGAACCGGAGUGUCCUGGUUUCACCACUGACUGUUGAGUCUCUCGAUUGCAAUGGCUACAAGGAUGGAGGAAAAUGCAGCAAAAAGUCAAAAAGGUUUUCGAGCAAGCGAAAUAAUGGAUCGAAUGCUAAAACAAAAGACCACAAUGUUCACGGCAAAAAGAAAGCGACGAAAGCCCACCAACGUUUAAAUAUGCAUGAAGGAAAGAAAACCAAAGUCCUUUCGCCAAAACGAGACAAGAACACUGAAAGCACUAAGAUGGCACCGAAACAAUCUCUUGAUCUGCUAGAUCCUGAACAAGAGUCAGUAUGCGCCUCAUUUUCUGUCCAAAGCCCUGUAGUGGUGACCCAAGAGUGUGAGGCAUCAAAGAAAGUCUCGCUCUCUUUAUCUACCAAAGGUGGUGAUAUAUUGUUGAACAAAUCUGUCUCCGGAUCAAUUCGUAAUAUUAGGAAGGAGUCGAAAUCACUCGGAAAGGGGUCCCUGUCGACCAAAUGUCGCAUCGCCAAAUCGAGGCGUUUGAUUAGCAUGUCGCACACAUGGGAUCAAGGCUCGUCUCGUGCCACCUCUAUAAAAAGAGAUGCGUUGAAUCAAGAAGCUGGAAAGUAUGUAAUUGAAGUGGAAGAAGCGGAUCUAUCUUUGCUACAUCAAAGAGUGGCUGAUUCAUUUGAACAAAGGCAUCAAGUCGCAGAACGCCCAAACGUCUCCUUGGAUUCAAAUUGCGAUUGUCAAGAGUCGAAACAAACAGGAGAAUCCUCCGAUAGAAGUGACGGCAAAGAAAGAGCCAAGAAAUCAGUCCCAGCAAGAAAAUUAACAGGCGAGAUAGUUUGUGAACAGAUGCAAGAUCCUAAAGGGCGACGAGGGUUUGGUCUCUCUAUUGACGUUAAUGUCAAACCUUCGCCACGAUUAGGUCAAGGAAGAAAACCUUUUAACCAGACAGAAAAAGAAAAGAAAACGGCAGGGCCAACUCCCCUUCGAAAAUCUCCUCGACUUCGAACACCAGAUAACUCGGAUGAUGAUAAGGAGAACAACGAGACUAAAUCCACUAGAGUAAGAAGAUCCCGUCGAUCGGUGGGACGCCCUCGCCGUCUCGGAGUAUUUGAAGGCGAAGAUGAUUCGAUUUAUGUGCCGACGCCUUCAGCAACCAGCGCUUCGAAGAAGAAACGCAAUAGCAAAACUUCGGCAGAGAGACUGAAGCCGAAACCAAAACCAAUUGAGCAGGAGCAAGGAAAGGAGAAUCCAGAGAUUAAGACUAUUCAAUGGAGGGAGGAUGAAAUUCUUCUCCUUAAAGAAGCACAGAAAGAAGUUGAUCCAAAAUCUUAUUCCUACUGGCAAGAUGUUGCUGAUCUCGUGGGAACUAGGUCAGCCGAAGAUUGUCAAGAAAAAUGGUUUUCAUUGGCCAAGACCCCAAACGUUCGACAGAGGAAGAAAAAGGGCAAAGCAAAUUUGAAAGAAAUUCCAAAUUCGCCCCAGGACGAUGACAUAUUUGACGCCACUCCAAUGAAGGCCCUGUUCUCCAAAUCAUCAAUCGAGGGAGAUCCUCUGCUUGGAAGCAUAGGAUUUCUAUCGCAGUUGAAUCUUGGAAGCGCUGUCAAGGUGGAACGAGUCCCUAUCGAUCAUGAAUCGAAGACCUUGGCAACGAAACGCGGAUACAAAUCAUACAUUAAGGAUAUGAGGCGUGAGGUGCUUGCCAAAGAUAAGAAGAAGCCGCCAAGACUGCCCAAGGAGAAAAGCUCUAAAGCGAGGAACGUCAGAGAAAAAGCUGGGGAAGGAGAUAUUGAACUCAGAGGUCGGCUUAGCCCUGGCGGAACUAUUCAUAUGACUUCAAACGUAGACGAGGAGAUAGAUGAUGAAUACAAUAUGGAUGAGGAGUGCGACGAUGACGAUCCAUUCUUUUCCAGGAGAGUUCAAGCGUAA